GAAAAGUGGACUACAUUCUGCGAACCGAGUCACUGAUAAGCAUGUGAACUUUGAUAAUCAGAAGAUGAAGGUCUCCCUGGAUGCUCAGACCCUCAGUAACUCUGUGGCUGUGGCACUGCGCACUUUGCGGGACGUGGGCUAUGCCGAGUUCAGAGAUUCCGAGGCUACUUCCAAGUUCAUCCAGGUUCCUCUCUGUUGUGGGCUUCGUCAUCAACAUUGACACAUUGUUGUCAAUGAUCCCUGUGUUGCUUGAAGGCCAGCAAUAUGUCCUGACCUACAGAUUUAGCCAGGACCACUUGGAACUUCUGUUCAACUCCAUCAGGGCAGCCGGUGGCUGGAAUAACAAUCCCAGUGCCAGCCAGUUUAUGUAUAUAUUUAGGAGGCUGAUGGCUCGGUGUGGAGUUGUGAGUCGCAGGGGCAAUGUCACAGCACAGGAUGCCACGGAGUCCUUGACAGUGACCAUUGACACCUCUACAAGCCUGUCAGCUGUGGAUGUGUCCUCUGCAGCAGGAGGAGAAGACAGAGAAGACUGUCCAUUUGCAGACGUUCCGGCCCUACUCCAUGACCACAGCUACCUUCCCGCACGUUUCAGUGGUCUUGUGGAGAACGCUCUUGUCUACAUUUCAGGAUUUGUGGUGCGACGGGCUCUGAAGAAACUGGCUUGUGAUGUGUGCCGUGAAAGCCUGGUGACAGACGCUGCAUCUGCCAUAAAGGACGAGAGCUACCACCUACUGUGUCUGAAAGACAAUGGAGGCCUGGUAAUUCCAUCAGAGGGAACGGUGAGAGUCGUCAGGGCAGCAGAGUCAGUCAUUCGCCAGGCCAGUUUUGGACGAUCACGACCCAUCCAACUGCUGGAGGCCGUUUACAUGGCGCAGAGCAGGAUUGGGUUGGAGGACGUGUUUCAGCUGGGGGAACACAUCAGCGACACGCAGUAUGGUAUUGACAGCCAUCACCACACUCUGCUAACACUGGUUGUGUCCCUAUUUUUUAAGCUUAGACUCCACCACAUUGCCAAGAUGACAACCCUUUCCUUACAGAACAACAGCAUGAGACAGAAGCACAACAAAGCAGUACUGUUCAAAGGGCAUUAG